AUGGCGACCUUGGAUUCUCCGUUAGUGGCUUACGACUACGUUACCUUCAUUCUCAACAACCUCUGGACGUGGAUCGCCGUCGUCACGGCCGCCGCCGUUAGUUUCUGGGGGAUCCGAGCCACCGCCAGCGGCAGAGACGAUGGUUUCAUAGGGGAAUCUGUUCGUGAGCCACCGAAACCAAAGGCUGAAGAUGCAGCUGUUGAAGCAGGAGUCUGUAGCAGCAUCAGAUGGGAGUGCUUCAGGAGAAGCAUGAAUCAGRRMGUGGGCUUUGGCCCGYAUYGGCUUUUYGAGUGA